UUGGAAUUAUUUGGAAACGCAGUUUUAGUGCAAAGCGAAGCGAGGAAUCACGAGAGUGGAAUAAAAACUGGAAAAACAGAUAAAUGAGCGGAAACAGCGAGGUCGAAAAGAGACAGAUAUAUAUCAACUAGCUUUGAUCUGAUUUUCGAGAAGAACGUAGGAUACCAAUUUGAAGAAGCAUGGCAGGAAUUAAUUGUACAUCAGUUUCAACCUGCUCGCGUAAUUUAUUGCGACUAUACUUGAAAGGAUUUUCAUGUCCAUUUUCGUCCAAGAGCACGGACGAGGUCGGCGAGAGUCCGAGAUUACGUGAAUUCAGGAAAAAACUGCGCGAACGCACCUCUAUAGAGAAAUUGGACGAGUUGGAGGAGGGCAAGCAUCCCUAUCAGGAGAAGGAACCCCUUGAAUCGUUCCCGAACAACACUAAUCCAGAAACGGGCGAAGUUGGAGGUCCCCGCGGACCGGAACCGACUCGUUACGGCGACUGGGAGAGAAAAGGCCGCGUGACGGACUUCUGAAUCAUCCCCAAUUUAGGAACGGCGAAAUCCAUUUGUUAAUAACAUAAUUGGAUACUGCAAGACAUUGGCUGAUUAAAAUUUAAAAGUUGUCUACUUUGGGAUAUAAUGUCAUAGCGAAAGCUUUACCAAAUUAAUUGAUUUUCAUUAUAAAAAUGAUCGGAUCUUAAAUAUAAAAAUUUCAAUAAAAUGUAGCAAAUUCAAAAUCUAAAUGAAAUGUUAACUUCAAACAACGUAAUUAGAUUACUUAUGUAAGAACUUUGUGCAUAACAACAGCCGGUAUCUCAUUUAGAUUCCCAAAAAUUGAAAUAAAUGCGGAAUAAAAUUGAGUGUUGUUAGAAAAUGUUAUAAUAGAUGAUAAUUUCUCACGAGGGGUAAACUGUACUAGCUGUACAGUAACUGUACGAACUGUACUAGUCACACAUUGGCGAAUGGCGACAGUGUUUUAUUAACAAAAUUAGCAAUUACCUACGUCAAUGCUUUCAAUACAGACAGCUGCGUGUAAUUCCUUGCGAAACAUUCGCACUAUGAUUCGCAUAAAUUUUCUGACGAAUCUACAAAUAAGAAGUUGCAGGCGAUUUGUUACAAGUACGUGUCGAGAUUGACGCUUCGGAAUAUUUUAAGUUCGCGGAUUUAAAAUAGUUUUUUUUUUUGCGAAUAUAAUCAUUGCUUCUUGCUUCGAUUUAUGUAAUGUUCGUUGAACGUAAAAAUUAAAUGAGUGAUACGUUCAGGUGCUUUUUUCCUGAAAACGAAGAUUUUAGACCAACCAUCGGAGAACGACAGAGAGUCGCCGCGAAUGAAGCAGUUUCAUGAAAAACUUAAAUUGCAGCCGAUACCAAGUAUGCAAUAGCGAUUUAAUAAAAAAGAAUAUAGUGUGCAAAGAUACUGAUACGAGAGAUAUCGUUUUUAUAAUGAUACUAUAUAAACUUUCACAAAAUUGUCUACGCUUAGAGCUUUGAGAAUGUUCAUACUGAUUCCUCCUUGAUUGAUAUGCAGAAGUGGGACCGCGGGAACGGUUCGUGGAUCUAGUAUUAGUGGAAACUGACCCGAGAACUGGAGAACUGAUAACAAAUAGCGAGAAAGAUCCUACUAAAUGGGGAGACUGGCAGCACGGUGGUAGAGUCAGCGAUUUUUGAAACGAGACACCGUACGUAUAUUUUUUUAUAGAAUGUCUGUAAGCAUAGCAUAUUUUUAAAAACCGGAAAGAAUCCUCACUCCUUGAAUUGCAAUGAUCAACUUGCCUUUGUAACUAUUUGUAGAAGAUAAAUUGAAUUAAAUUUGUUCGAUCAGCGCGAAGUAAAAUGACAUAAAUCAAGAUUGUUUCUUGAUGUGGAAAAAAAAUAUAUAACUGUUGGAUGUAUACGUAGGAAAGCACUUGUAUUAUAGAACGAAAAUUGUGGUGUCAGUGAGGUAAUAAAUUACAUUAUACAAAAA